CGACUGUGACACAUUCGCAUAUCAUCGUCGUACACGUAUUUAUUUCAAAUCGCACUCACAAUCAAAACAAAUCUGUUUAGAUUCAAGUAAAAUUUUGAAAUUAUUUCUUGUAGAAAGCGAAAAAACUGUUCGUCAUUGUGCCACUCUGGAAGGCAGUUUACCAUCUGUGCACCAAAGUGAUUAGUCGCCGCUAGGAGUCCGUCAAAAUGAGUGAUAUCCAAACAUGGUACAAACAGGUUCCUAUUUUUACCCGACUCUGGCUAUCGGCAACUGUGGGUAUCAGUUUGUUGGCCCGCUUCGGAUUGCUUCCGCCACAGUAUCUAAUCCUUGAUCAAUAUCCACUUUUUAGCAAGCUACAGCUUUGGCGUCCUAUGACGGCCGUCUUUUUUUAUCCUCUCAACCCAGCCACUGGUUUUCACUUUAUGCUGAAUUGCUUUUUCCUGUACAACUAUUCCCUCCGGUUAGAACAGGAUCAUUUCAAACAGAAACCGGGGGAUUAUUUCUAUCUCCUGUGCUUUAAUUGGAUAUUAUGCGUGAUUAUCGGUUUGCUGGUUCAAUUACCGAUCCUCAUGGACCCUAUGGUAUUGUCCGUGCUGUAUGUCUGGUGCAAGAUGAACAAAGACGUUAUUGUUAACUUUUGGUUUGGCACUCGUUUCAAGGCGAUGUAUCUUCCCUGGGUUCUUUUGGGAAUGAAUUUGAUUCUUUCGUCAGGAAGCGUUUUCUCCAUUGUCGGUAUUCUGGUCGGCCAUGCUUAUUACUUUUUGAAGCAUAUUUACCCAUUAGAACUAGGAGGUCCGAGUUUACUUGAAACACCCGCUUUUAUCAAACGAUUCUUCCCGGAUGUUACGGGCGGCACGCAUGGGUUUGGAUUUCCUCCAGUUGGUCAGCGAGCUGUAAACCCCCAGCAGCAGCAACAGCAACAGCAGCAAACGCAAGGUAAUGGAAUAUUUUCAAGGCAUUCCUGGGGUCGCGGCCAUGUGCUAGGGCGAGAGUAAGUCGAUCGUCACUUUUUUGUACAGCGCUUUGCAUUACCGAGUCGGAUCAUUGCUGUUUGCACAAAUGUAGCAACGCUACAACACGUGCAAUCCAUUUUCAUUGUCUAGAUUGUAAAUGUUCUAAAAUCUACACGUAACUGCAAUCUGUGGAACGAUAUUUUUAGAACGCUAACGGGAUUUAUUAUUGUGUAGUUAAUAUAACAAAACGUAAGAAAGCCAUCA